AUGGGCAUCUUGGGAGGCGACGACGACGAAACAUCUUCUGCUGCUGGUGCCAGCACCGGCCUCACCGCCGCCUCUUCCAGCGCUGCCGAUACCAAACCAGCGUCUUCAUCAGCUGCGAAGGAAGAAGAGUCUACUACAGCGAAAGAAGCUACUACCACCGCCGCCAAAGCAGCCGACGCUGAAAGCUCCUCUUCUGCCUCACCUACCACCGUUGCAAAUUCUGGGGCGACGAGUACGGGGGGCGUGUCGGAUACUGUCAAGUCGUGUUUGAAUCAAGGCCUUGAUUCGGCCGAUUGUAAGAGUGGGACGAGUGCGAAUGAAGGUGCUAUCAUCGGUGGAGCGAUAGGAGGUGCGCUCGUCAUAGCACUGAUCAUAUACUGGUUGAUGAAGAGGAAGAAGAAGGAGGGGGUGAAGAAGGGGUUCUGGCAAGGGAAGGCCGGGAUGGGAGGGGCGCCGCCCGUUUGA